AUGAGUAAAUGUACAAAAUGUUUAAUAUGUUUUAAGUGGAUAGUAAUAUUAGGUAUUAUAAUAUUAGCUAUAAAAAAUUCCAUUGCCCAAGAGAAAAUUAUUAAAAAAGAUGAUGAUUCAAAGAAAAAUGUAUUGGAUGCUAUUGUUAAUGUUGAAGAGAAUGUUAAAAAUGGAAAUAUUACAAUGUCUAAUUUGACAAAAUCAGAUUCAGUUGUUAAGUCAGAAGUUAUCAAUAAUGAAGCUAUGGAAAGAAGAGACUCAUUAUCAAUAUUUUUUAUAUUAUCUAUUAUUGCUGCUGCAACAUUACUUGUUCAUAUUUUAAUUAUUACUGAAUGCCGGUUUAUUCCAGAAUCAUUAUGUGUUGUUUUAUUGGGAGCUUUUAUUGGCUUAUGUUUAAGUUUUUCAAAAUAUGAUUGGUCAGAGGUUGAAUCUUUCAAUCCUAAUUUUUUUUUCUUGGUACUUUUACCUCCAAUUAUUUUUGAAUCUGGAUAUAACUUACAUAAAGGAAAUUUUUUUGCUAAUAUCUUACCUAUAUUAACUUAUGCCAUAUUUGGUACUGCAAUUUCAGCCAUUAUAAUGGGAAUUUCUUUAUGGUUUCUUGGGAAAAUUUAUUUAUCAUAUAAUUUAACAGCUGUAGAAGCAUUCGCAUUUAGUUCUAUGAUUUCGGCUGUCGAUCCCGUAGCAACGUUGGCAAUAUUUCAAGCUUUAAAAGUAGAUGUUCAAUUAUAUAUGUUAGUAUUUGGUGAAAGUAUGUUAAAUGAUGCUGUUUCUAUUGCUCUUACUUCAACAACAUUAGAAAUGACUGGAACAGAAUUUGCAAAUUAUUCUGUUUUUGGUAUCAUAUGGUAUGCUAUAACAAGAUUUUUUUAUAUGUUUCUUGUAUCUGCUUUUCUUGGAUUUUUAAUUGGAUUAUUAUCAGCAUUACUUUUUAAACAUGUAGAUCUUCGUCGAACACCUUCCUUAGAAUUUGCACUUUUACUAAUAUUUUCAUAUCUGCCUUAUGGUUUGGCAGAAGCCUUGUCACUUUCGGGUAUUAUUUCAAUUUUAUUCUCAUCAAUUACAAUGAGUCAAUAUACCCAUUAUAAUAUUUCACCAAUAUCUGAACUUACAUUGCAACAAACAUUUCGUACAAUUGCAUUUGUUUCUGAAACAUGUACUUUUGUGUAUCUUGGAAUGGCUUUAUUUACAUUUCAUUUAGAAUUUCGACCAAUGUUCAUUUUUUGGUCAUUAAUUCUUCUUUUUGUUUCAAGAGCUUGUAAUAUAUUUCCUUUAACUUAUUUGUUAAAUAAAUUUAGAAGGCAAAAGAUAUCAUUAAGAAAUCAAAUUAUUAUGUGGUUUAGUUCAAUGCGUGGUGCUGUUGCUUUUGCUUUAGCUUUACAUAUGGAUUUAGAAUCAAAUGAAACAAAACGUGUCAUAUUAACUAACACACUUUUUCUUAUUUUAUUUACAAUAACUUUUCUUGGUGGAACAGCUCUACCAAUGAUAAAUUUUUUAAAUAAUUAUUUACCCAAUGAUUCUGGAUAUUCUUUAGUUAAAGAUAAUUCAGGAAGAUUAAUCAAAAAACGUCGUUCAAGAAAAGAACGUAAUAAUCGUAGUGGAUCUAAAAAAAGAAAAUCAUCUCCAGUUAUACUUAAACAAGAAGAAAGUGAUAUAUUAAAACGUAAAGGAGGAGGAAACAUAUUUUCUCAUUUUAAUAAUAAUAUAAUGAGGAAUAUUUUUGUUCGAAAAUUUACACUUCAAGAAAAAAUUGAGAAUAAAGAAAAAUUUAGAAAUCUCGCCUCUGAAGCAAUGAAAUCACUUGUUGAGGGAAGUGAAGAAAGUGAGGGUAGCGCUAGUAGUCGUUGCUUGUUUAAUAGUGAUGAAUGUACACAAGGGUCUCAGUCUUCACAACAAUACAUAAUUUAA